AUGUUUCCCUUGACCAGAAAUGCACUAAAUCAGUUCAAGAUUCGAAGCAUUCAACAACUUAGGUCAAGACAGAGUCACAAAAAUCAUUCUCAAGAUUUCCAUGAUAGAUACGGUAACACUGUAUUAGCCAGUGGGACUGCUUUCUGUGUUGUUGCAUGGGUGUUCACGGCCACACAGAUUGGAAUAGAGUGGAACCUGUCUCCAGUGGGAAGAGUCACCCCAAAAGAAUGGAAUGAUGAGUAA